CGCAGGCGCUCACCACGGCGAGAGGGGCGGGGUGGCCGGGGCCCACGCUCCUCUUGGCUGCUGCUCGCGGCCCGCCCCGCCGCCCCGGCACCCCCACCCCUCCUCGGAUGACGGUAUAUAUUCCAGGAGGGCGCGGGACGCCGGCGAGUAGUCAAGCCGCAGGAGCCGGAGCCAGCCUGAGCCGCGGGAACGCCGAGGGAGCUCUCACAACUCUGCUUCUACAAAGUCUCGCUACCAGCGCACUAUGAAUGUUAAUGACCUCAAACUCAGGUUGUCCAAAGCUGGACAAGAGCACCUGCUGCAGUUUUGGAAUGAGCUGGAGGAAGCCCAACAGGCAGACCUUUAUACGGAGCUCCAGGCCAUGAACUUUGAAGAGCUGAACUUAUUUUUCCAGAAGGCCAUUGGAGGAUUUGAUCAUUCCUCUCAUCAAGAAAAGGUGGACGCACGAAUGGAGGCUGUGCCCCGAGAGGUGCUGGGCAGUGCCACCAGAGAUCAAGACCAGCUGCAGGCCUGGGAGAGUGAAGGACUUUCCCAGAUUUCUCAGAACAAAGUAGCAGUUCUUCUUUUAGCUGGUGGUCAGGGGACAAGACUUGGAGUUGCAUAUCCGAAGGGCAUGUAUGAUGUUGGCUUGCCAUCCCACAAGACCCUUUUUCAGAUUCAAGCAGAACGCAUUCUGAAACUACAGCAGUUAGCUGAAAAACGCUGUGGCAACAAGUGCGUCAUCCCAUGUGGGUCAUGGAAUGCUACUAGUGGGUUAUUUUCUUUUUCAGAUGGGAAUGGUGGUCUCUACCGGGCUCUUGCAGCCCAAAACAUUGUGGAGGACAUGGAGCAAAGAGGCAUCUGGAGUAUUCAUGUCUAUUGUGUGGACAACAUACUGGUAAAAGUGGCAGACCCACGGUUCAUUGGAUUCUGCAUUCAGAAAGGAGCAGACUGUGGGGCAAAGGUAGUAGAGAAAACAAACCCCACAGAGCCAGUUGGGGUGGUUUGCCGAGUGGACGGAGUCUACCAGGUGGUAGAGUACAGUGAGAUUUCCCUGGCAACAGCUCAGAAGCGGAGCUCGGAUGGACGCCUGCUGUUCAACGCAGGGAACAUUGCCAACCAUUUCUUCACUGUCCCGUUCUUGAAAGAUGUUGUCAAUGUUUAUGAACCUCAGUUACAGCACCAUGUGGCUCAAAAGAAGAUUCCAUAUGUGGAUUCCCAGGGGCACUUAAUUAAGCCAGACAAGCCAAAUGGAAUAAAGAUGGAAAAAUUUGUCUUUGACAUCUUCCAGUUUGCAAAGAAGUUUGUGGUGUAUGAAGUGUUACGGGAAGAUGAGUUCUCUCCGCUCAAGAAUGCAGACAGUCAGAAUGGGAAGGACAACCCAACCACUGCAAGGCAUGCUUUGAUGUCCCUUCAUCAUUGCUGGGUCCUCAAUGCUGGGGGACAUUUCAUAGAUGAAAAUGGCUCUCGCCUCCCAGCAAUUCCCCGCAGUGCUACAAAUGGAAAGUCUGAGACCAUCACAGCUGAUGUCAAUCACAACUUGAAAGAUGCCAACGAUGUGCCAAUCCAGUGUGAAAUCUCUCCUCUCAUCUCCUAUGCUGGAGAAGGGCUAGAAGGUUAUGUGGCAGAUAAAGAGUUCCAUGCACCUUUAAUCAUCGAUGAAAAUGGAGUUCAUGAGCUGGUGAAAAAUGGCAUAUGAAUCCUAAAGUGAGCUCAGUCAUAUGGAGAACCUUUAUUGUUAAUAGACCAACUGUGAACGUGCGGGACCUCCCUCUCCUGGAAGGCUGAAGUUUGGACAUUAUUCAUAGAGUUUCAUUUUGCUUGCUGGUAUCUGGUAAACAAUACAAACUUCCCAGACCAGCUGUCUGGACUUCAGACAGCAUUGUUAUGAUUCUCAACUCAUUGAAGGUCUUAUUUAUACUUUGUAACUCUAUAAGCUGUUAAGUUCUUCCAAGCCAAGGCUUACAUUGGCCAUCCAGGAAGCUUCCUCAGCUUGACUCUAUUUCGGAUGUUGAGCAUGACUUCACUUGGAUCAGGAAGCAUUUGUUUGAAGUUGUACAUAGUGAUAAUAAGUCAUUGUACAUUUCAAAAGGUUUCUAUGGUACUAAAAUUUUGUUUUAUUUUAUCAGACAUUAAAGUUUUUUAAGAAAAUAACUGGACAGCAAA